AUGCAAAACUAUGAAAUUGGAAUUCCUAUUAUUGUUGAAGCAUCUAUUGGAUUCGCUUCUUCUCUAUUCUUUAUACUCGACAUCUCAAUUCACUAUAAUUUAAAACUUUAUCAAUUGGAAUUGGGAAUAUUAUAUACCAAUAUGAUAUAAUCUAUUAGUAAAAAAAUGAUAAUUAUUUAAGUCACAAUACUAUUAAUUCUUGACUUAAACAAUUAACUGUGCAUUUGGACUUUAUUUUUCGAGUAAUGCUUGACUCUUUCAAGCUAUCUUUGGGCCAUAUUGAUUCUACAAAAAAGUUGUUUACUGACAAGAUACCCAAUUUAAAUUGCACUAGAAUAUCUAAAAACUAAUUAAUUUAUAGUAUUAAUUAUUAAAUCCAGCUCUAAGCUAUAAUUGCAUUUGGAUUACCAAUAAUUGCUUCAUCAUUAAUUUUUGUUAAAUUAAAUAUUUGUCAACUUGAAACCAUCACUUAAGUUUCAAGUAAAUUAUUUUGGGCAAUACAAUCGAUUUUAACUUUAAUAUUAAUUGGAAUAAUAACUUAUCAUAUUAUAAGAGUGCAUUUAUAUUGCAAAUUUGUAAAUAAUAUAAAUUAAAUUUAGGCCAAAUUUUACUUAGAAAUUUUAUACUGCCCUUUAAUCUUCAUCUUUUCAUUGCCAUGGAUUGUAUAUACAAUAUUCAAUUAUGAAUUAGAUGGUUCUAAUGAUUUGAUAACGCUUUAAGGUAAUAAUUGCAAUAUUAGUAAAGGUUUAUUUCUUUUAAAAAAUUCAUAAAUAUUUUUAAGUACUUUUAUUUUUGGAUAAAAUUCAACCUUUUAGGUUGCAUACCUUGAAAAUGCAUGUCCAAUAUUAAGAAAGACAUAUUUAGCAAAAUAUGAUUUUGAAGGAAAGUAUGAAAUAAUAUAAUAAAAUUUAGAAAAAAUAAUUCAGAAUCUUUAAAUAUUGAAAUUUGUAAUAAUAUAUGUUCAUAAUUAUUGAUAAAAUGA